AGAUCGAGAGAGAGAGCAACGAGUCAUUAGAACUACAACACCCACAAUCAUUUGAGCUUGCGUCAUCAACACGCGUCAAGCCCUGUAGUCCGAAGUGCAAACUUUAAAAGCAUAUUACCCCAGUAUGGCUCUUAAAGGAGUGCGUGUUAUAGAGCUGGCAGGGCUGGCUCCUGCACCCUUCUGCGGGAUGAUACUGGCAGACUUUGGUGCAAGGGUGAUCCGGAUAGACCGGACAAAGUUGUCAAUGACUGUUGAUACUCAAGGAAGAGGCAAACAAUCUGUAGCCUUGAAUCUGAAGAGUCCCGAAGGUGUAGACAUUUUGAAAAGAUUGUGUGUCCAGUCAGAUGUGGUUUUGGAGCCUUAUCGUAAAGGUGUUAUGGAAAAGAUGGGAUUAGGUCCUGAUGACUUAUUUAAAGAGAACUCACGUCUGAUCUACACACGACUCACCGGCUAUGGCCAGAGCGGAUCCUACGCCAAGGCUGCCGGCCAUGAUAUCAACUACCUGGCUAUGUCAGGCUUGCUGUCUAUGCUGGGCCGUAGCUCGGAGAAACCUUACGCGCCACUGAAUUUAGUGGCAGACUUUGCAGGAGGGGGUCUCAUGUGUGCAUUUGGGAUUGUGUUGGCUCUUCUGGAGAGAAGCAGGUCUGGACAGGGGCAGAUCAUUGAUGCCAGCAUGGUGGAAGGUGCAGCGUAUGUAGGCUCCUUUAUGUGGAAGUCUCACAGUCUCGGCCUGUGGAAUCACCCUCGUGGGGAGAACUUGCUGGAUAGUGGUGCUCCAUUCUAUGAUACGUACCGUACGUCUGAUGGAAAGUAUGUGGCUGUAGGAGCCAUCGAGUCUCAGUUCUAUGAACAGCUUCUUCAAGGUCUGGGCUUGGAUACUGCUGACUUGCCUGCACAAAUGAGUGUAUCCGAUUGGCCGGAGCUCAGGAAGACUUUCACCCAGGUGUUUGCCACCAAGACACAGGCAGAGUGGGGUCGGAUCUUCGAUGGGACAGAUGCCUGUGUCACCCCUGUGCUUUCAUUGGAUGAAGUGCUCUCUCACCCCCACAACCAGGCGAGGGGAUCGUUUUUGAAGGACGCUCAGGGGGAGAUAAGUCCCCGCCCAGCACCUGUUCUUUCCCGCUCCCCUGCGGAGCCCUGCCUCUUGCGUGAUCCCUUCAUUGGAGAGCACACUCGCUCUGUGCUGCAGGAGUAUGGGUUUGAGCAAUCGCAGAUAGAACAGCUUCUGUCUGCCGGUAUCGUAGAGUGUAAUGAAGCAAAAGCACGACUAUAAGUUUAAGGGGCAGGUUGGAGAUUCUUUAAAGGGAGAGUUCACUAAAAAAUGAAGAUUUUGUCAUCAUUUACUCACCCUCAUGUCAUUCUAAAAUGGCAUGAUUUACUUCUGUGGAAUACAGAAGGUGUAUUUUUGAAGAAUAUCCUGUCUAUAAUUGUCCAUAUAAUGAAAGUAAAUGGGGACUGAUGCUGUCAAACUCAAACGAUAUAAAGCAACAACAUAAAAAAUAUAUAUAAUUUUCUUAAAGUGUUACUUCACCCAAAAUUGAAAAUGCUCUCAUCAUUUACUCACUGUCAUGUAAAAGUCAUCACAGGUUCAAAAAUUCCCAAUCACAAAGAGACCCGGAAAUGUACUACCCGCUCCUGAAUCGGACCCGUCUAUUAUUUGAAAGCUUGGACCCGUACCCAUGCAGAACUGAGAAAUCCCGAACCAGACCUGUCUAUUAUUUGAAAGCUGGGACCUGCUGAUAGACACAGACCCGAUCGACACUGAUUUCACAGCUGAUUGCUUUUAACAAGUUAAUGUACAAGUUGUAAAAACAAAACUUUUUGUCUCACCUAAUGUAACGUUAGUAGCCUUCUCCCCUGUGCCUGGCCGUGAUGCAUAUAAUCUAUCCUCCUUACCAAUAAAGUUGGUAAAAUACAUCCAGGUUUUCUGUGAUUCCACUCUUGCUGAUUGAAACCGCAGAGCUAAUCCACUCAUUAUUUCAGCUUCAAAAGUCCACUUGCUGCCACGGUGAUGGAUGACAUACGUGAGUUGUUUAGAAUCAGCGUUGCAGUUUUGUUGUAUCUUGGAUAAGAUAACUUCGACUGUUUGCCCUUUUGAUUGAUAGUAAUGAUUGCUUGUUCAUUGCCAUGGCUGCUUACGUUAGUAUUGCUAAUUUGCUAGUGUGUGCCUUAACUCUGCUCUGUCUCUGACGUCACUUAGCUCGUUGUGGCUCCACUAAAUUUUUCAGCUUAUUUCCCGGCCCGCACUUUCUCAUCCUAAUUUUAAGUUAAUAAAACUUGAAAGUUAAAACACACACAGCACCAUCAUCAUCAGCACUGUCUGAUCACGGCCAGGUUUUCUCGGAUCAACUCGGGAAUUACACAUACCGUAAUGUUAAAAAUACCCAGAACUAGACAUAUUGUGCUACGUUUGACAUUAAUGACAUGUGAUCACAAGACAUGCAAUAACCAAAUAGGUUUGCCAGUGCCGUCAAAUGGCAUCAAUGUGCCAUUUUCAUAGUUCAUACAACUUUUUAUAAUCUAUUUCAGAGUUUUGGUGAGGAAGAUAAUAAAUAUUGACUGAAAUUUCGGUCUGUUGCUCACACAAAGUUAUAGUAUGUCUUAAGAUGUCUUGGAAUAUAGUACAACUAUAUAUAGUUGAAUUCCUCUUUCAUGGUGCCUUUUUGGAGCUUGACAUCCCUAAUCACCAUUCACAUUAAAAAGUUGGAAAAGAACAGCCAGGACAUUCUUCAAAAAUUUCCCUUUUUUGUUGUAUGGAAGCAAGAAGUCAUAUGGUUUGAAACAAUAUGAGGGUUAGCAAAAGAUGACAGAACUUUCAUCUUUUCUCUCUCUCUUUAAACUUUGCAUCCAGUGAUGCUGCACACUUAAAAACUAUUUCUGUCUCAGUGAGUGAGUCUAAGAGGGGAGAAUCUCGAACAACAAAAUGACUCUCACUUGCAAACCACACGGUGCUACAGUUGAGGAAAGCUAACUGAUUUUAGACUGCCAAGUGCUUAGUUAUGAUGUCCAGUUAAUGCAACUCUCAUCUGUUAUUGGUACAGUGGUUCUAUAAUGGCCUAAACAUCACUCUUUUUGUCAGCAGUUAAAUAUGUGUCACUGAAAAGCUGUUAUCAAGGAUAUUCAAUAUCAUCUGUCUGAAUGUUUUAAGACUAUUUUAAAUAAAGUACUUGUGAGUGCAUUUUAUGUAGUUUGAUAAAGCGAAAAACUAAAACAAUUGAGUGUGAGUCAUAGGUUAUUUAAUAGAGUGAAAUAUCUGCCGAUGAAUCAUCCUUGAUCUAAAUCAUAGUGCUGGCAUUAUUGGUAAGAGUUAAAAAGAAAAUGACUAUAGUUUCAUACCUAUUCAAAUACAUUUUCAGCAGCCCCAGCUACUUUCAGAAAUGUAAAAACUCUUACUAAGGGAUAGUUCACCCAAAAUUAAAGUUGACAUUAUUUACUCACCCUCAUGGUAUUCCAAACCCUUAUGACUUUCUUCUUUUCAUGGAACACAAAAGGAGAUUUUGCAGGAUGUUAGCCUUAGUCACCAUUCACUUUCAUUACAUCUUACAAGGCUGUCAGUCCCUAACAGUCUGCUUAACAGUUCCUCAAAAGAAAUAAAAUUAUAUAGGUUUGGAACAAAAUGAGGUUUGUAAAUAAUGACAUAAUUUGUACUUUUGGGGUUACUAUCCCUUUAAGAUACAGCUGCCAGUUCUUCUAAUUACUGUUUGUUGGGUGGCCUGUAUUUUCUACUAAUUUUGAUCAGAGAUCUUACAUAUCAAGAGAUUAUUUGUAUAUUUGUGUUUUGAUGAUUGCAAUUAAAUCAUAAUAAAAUUGUUCUAGAGAUAUUAAUGAUUAAAUCAUCUUUACAACAAUAUUUAUUUCCUCUCUUGAUAACAUUCUUCAUCACCUCUUUUAUGUGCCUUCUUUUUUCUUCAGCCAAAUCCUAUUUGCCUGAGGAAUGUGUUACAUAUAUGUGUUACAUUUCGUAACUACUCUAGCCUAAAAUCAUUCCUCAUUCAUGUACUGUUGAG